AAGGAAUAACUGCUGUGGGGAUAUCACCAUUUGCUUGCGGGUGGUCAACUCAGGGUAGAAAUAUUGCUUGUGCUGAUGUUUCUCAGAUCACUAAAGCUCUUUGUGCUGGGUUUGUCCCUGUUUUGCAUGGAGAUGCCGUGAUAGAUCAUUCCCAGGGUUGCACCAUACUAAGUGGAGAUGUCAUUAUUCGCCAUCUCGCACAACACCUAUUGCCAGAAUAUGUUGUAUUCCUUACAGAUGUUCUUGGUGUAUAUGAUCGCCCACCAACAAAUCCAAACGCCAGACUUCUCCGAGAGAUCACUGUGGAUGAAGAAGGAAAUUGGUCGAUUAUAAACCCUACACCAGGGGAUGUGGAAAAACAAGUGGAGAUAACAGUUGCUUCUCACGACACAACUGGUGGAAUGGAGACAAAGAUAUUAGAAGCAGCAGUGAUUGCUAAACUCGGCAUCAAUGUAUACAUAACCAAGGUUGGCACUGAACAUUCCCUUAGAGCUCUGAAAGGUGAAAUAACUGAUGACUGGCUUGGAACUGUUAUACGCUCCAGCAAAAAGCUAAGUCCAUAUACUGAGGCCUCUCUUGAGACAACUUAAUUUUAUCUUUUUUGUUUUGAAAUGAAAAAUUUAUUUUUUGGUUGUUAUUUGUAUGUGAUAUUUUUGUAAAAUUGUUUUUUACAGAACUUCAUUUUUGUACUAUUUUCAAA